AUGGAGGAAUACUCUAUCUCCACAUCACGAAUCGGUGACCUUGGACGUCUCCCGACAGAACUUCUUCUCUACAUCAUCGCCGAGGCUUGCGAGUCCCAAACGAUCUAUCGAUCUCUCCUACUCGUAAACCGGCAUAUUCACCGUCUUACCAAAUUUGACCGCCUCCCUUUUCUACCUAUUCGCAUCACAGCCAAUUCCGCUCGUUCAUUCUACCAGACGCUCACCGACAACCCCGAUGUCGCCAGCAACGUGCGAUAUCUCUGGAUCAAUGGAACCCUAGAACUUUGUGCAACCAUCGCCGCAAGUUGCCCAAAUCUCGUCUCUCUAGCCUGCGACAAGAUCGUUCUGCUUCAUUUCUUUUUAACACGUCGAUUCCCGCACAAGAACCUCAGAGAGUUGACUCUCUUCAAUAGCUUGAAUUGUUGGAUACGUCUCAAAUUCCUGGAUGAACAUGGAGCCCUCUCUCCUAUUGCAAGACACCGCAUCUGUCAUCGCAUCACCCACCUGCGCAUCCACGACUCCCUUUCCCCUGACUUCGACCCAAGCAUUUUUCCAUCGCUUACCCAUUUUUCGCGAUCCUUUCGUCUGCCGAAGCAGACACAUAUUCUCGACGACGUAUCGAUUUUGAAACCAUUUCCGAACCUCAACAACAUCGUGCUCACUACGUUCUUUUGGGAGGAUUUGCCGCCUGAUGAGAAGUCCGUGAAGCUUGCAAAACAGGAUGAUCGCAUUAGGAUCCUGUUCUUUGGGAAGGAGACGAGCGAAUUUAUGCUCUGGAGUGGACGAGCGCUUGGGAAGGAGUGUAUCUGGACGAAGCGACACGAAAUGCGACACUUGACUUGA